CUUUGCUUUGAACAUGGCCCUGCUUCCUGUGUGAUAGAAGGACUGAGAGGUAGAAAGCUCAACAUCCUUUUUGCCGCAAAGUCUCUAUGUUUUCUUUCAUUGUCUUGGCUAUUCUGGUUCAUGCCUCGCAUAUGCAAUGUCAAAAUCUACUUCAUCGUAACUUAAACAUAAUUAUCCUGGCCGGACAAAGCAACAUGGCCGGCCGUGGAGGUGUGACCUAUGACAUUUCGACGGGUACCUGGAAAUGGGACGGUGUUGUUCCAACACAGUGCCAACCUAACCCUUCAAUCUUCAGGCUGAGCGCGGACCUGGCUUGGGUUCCAGCCCGUGAGCCGAUCCAUGCUGACAUUGAUGCCAGGAUGACAGACGGGAUUGGACCUGGAAUGUCUUUUGCCAAUGCGGUAUUGACUAAGGAUUUCAACUUUGGGCCGAUAGGGUUGGUGCCAUGUGCCGUCGGAGGGACAUCGAUAAACCAAUGGCAGAAAGGGGAGUUGCUUUAUGAGCAGUUGGUGAAGAGAGCUCAGAUGGCGCAGCAGAGUGGAGUUUACAGAGCAAUACUUUGGUAUCAAGGUGAGGCUGAUACGCUCAGUCAAGAAGAUGCUGAUUUGUAUGAGGCUAGAUUGAAGACAUUUUUCAAUGAUUUACGCUCCGAUCUGAACGCACCUACGCUACCAAUUUUCCAGGUGGCUCUAGCAUCAGGAGAGGGGCCAUAUAUUGAGGAAGUGAGAGAAGGGCAGUUAAAUAUAAGCCUCCAAAAUGUGAAAUGCGUGGACGCAAAGGGCCUACCAUUGGAACCAGAUAGAUUACAUCUUACCACUCAGGCCCAGGUGAGACUCGGGAAGAUGUUGGCAGAUGCAUACCUUGGGUUCAUGCCCAGUUCUUCAACAACUAAUAAUGCUCCUUCCACCCGUUUUUCUACUUCUGUUCCUCGUGUUUUAAUAAUUGCUCAAUUCUUCAGAGGUCUCUGGAUGAUUCUCACUUUCUGAUAGGGAUAUAUAUAUAUAUAUAUAU